UGAAAAAAUCUCUAGAUCCACCACGGAUGUUGCUUAUUAUUAGUGGCGUUAUGAUAUUGGUGAUUAGUGAAUGUGACUUUAAGAGCCUCUGUAACUCGAGCCUCGUGCAGUGACAGCUGUUGCACCGAAGAGAAGGGUUACUACUGACUGCUGGAAAGUAACGUGUCUGUCUCUUUGUUACCAACUUUCAAGACCGUCUUUUGGCGACCAUGGCCAUGGCCGACCGGUUCGGCAGGACGUGUGUAUUUGCUUUUGCGCUCGUGGCCACUGUAUUGGUAUUACAAGUCAGUGGAAAUGAGGAGAGGCAGUUGAUUGCAGAUAAGUUUAAGAACUACAAUAAAAAUAUUCGACCAGCAAGAAACAUUGAUGAAAAAGUGAAGGUUCAGGUCAAGUUGACCCUUACCAACCUCAUCUCCUUGAAUGAAAAAGAGGAGACUCUCACUACAAAUGUUUGGAUUGAGAUUCAAUGGCAGGAUUACCGUCUUGCAUGGAAUACAUCUGAAUAUCACGGCAUUGAUACGAUCCGUGUGCCAUACAACACUGUGUGGCUACCAGACAUAGUUUUGGAAAACAACAUCGAUGGCAAGUUUGAUGUGGCAUACUACGCUAAUGUGUUGAUAUCGAGUGACGGCUCCAUGUACUGGCUUCCCCCUGCCAUCUAUCGCAGUACCUGUACCAUUGAGAUCACCUACUUCCCUUUUGACUGGCAGAACUGCACACUAGUCUUCAGGUCUCAGACAUACAGUGCAAAUGAAAUUGUUAUGGUAUUGGCAGAAGAUGCAGAAACAGGGAAGCCUAUUGAGUGGGUGGAGAUCGAUCCUGAGGCCUUCACAGAAAACGGGGAGUGGGCAAUCAAGCACCGUCCCGCCCGUAAGAUGAUUGACUCGCGUUACUCGCCCGAUGACCUAGAGUACCAGGAAGUGUAUUUCAACCUCAUCAUCCAGCGAAAACCACUCUUCUACAUCAUCAACAUCAUCCUGCCCUGCUCUCUCAUCUCCUCUCUGGUUGUUCUGGCCUUUUUUCUACCUGCACAAGCUGGAGGGCAGAAGUUGACUGUGUCCAUUUCUGUACUGUUGGCUCAGACUGUGUUUCUCAUUCUGAUUGCUCAGAAGAUUCCAGAAACGUCACUUUCCGUGCCUCUGAUUGGCAAGUAUUUAAUUUUCGUCAUGAGUAUGACAACACUGAUCGUGACCAACUGCAUCAUUGUCCUCAACUUCUCCCUCCGCAGUCCUAGUACACACAACAUGUCGCACACCAUCAAACAUAUUUUCCUCGUGGUGGUCCCUCGUUUCCUUGGUAUGGCCUCUCUUGUGGAUGAGGAGGAGCCAGUUGGAGGGACGUAUGAAAUGAGGGAGAGGCGCCGCAGUUCGUUUGGGCUGAUGCAGAGGGCAGAGGAAUAUGUUUUGAAACAGCCACGCAGUGAGAUGAUGUUUGAUAAACAGAGAGAAAGACAUGGACUCAUGCGCUCAAUUGUGGAUGAAAUUGAUGUGAGCAGUACGGCUAACCUAUAUAAGAGUCUGGCAAAGACAGCACCAGAAAUAAAAGAGUGUGUGGACGCCUGUAACUUCAUUGCUGAAUCCACUAAGCACCAGAAUGACAUCGGAUCGGAGAUGGAGAGUUGGGUUCUGAUUGGAAAGAUGAUUGACAAGGUUUGUUUCUGGGCAGCCAUAUUGCUAUUCUCUGUUGGAACAGUGGCCAUCUUCCUCAUGGGUCACUUCAACCAGGCACCUGAGUACCCAUUUUCUUGGGAGAACAAAAAGUACUUGCCUGAGUAGAGAAGAAGCUCUGAAGACUCUGUCCAACAGGUAGAUAGAUGGAACGAACAAAGAGGCAAUUUCUUUACUACAUAAAAAAAUAGUUGGCCAAGUUUUAUAUCUGGAGUUGAAGUACGACAAGCUGUACAUGAUUUGAACAGUAUCGUUCGACUUGAUAUGAGAUCUUGUUUUAUAUUUGAUAUUUGGAACUAUGGUUGUCCAUGCAUGCAUUAACAUUUUGUAUUAAAUAUUACUUACUCUAGGGGGAUUUUUACAGGAAUAUACAUUAUGCUUAUAGUUGUGCAAAAAAAGAAAGAAAAGGUUUAGUGAAAUAACAAGGAAUAAAUUAGCUAAAGAUUUCAGCUCAUUUCAUACCAUGUAAUGGUUUUCCAGUUGACUGUGGCUGCAUUUUACAACACCCCAACGCAGGUUAUCGUCUCUGUUUACAGUGUGUUACUGUUCACAGUGUGUUACAUCAAACCCUUUUUUAUAACUGAUUGUACUAUAGUAUUUAGCUUUAGUAUUAUUAAGAUGCAUGUUCAUUUUGUUUGUUCUAUCUUAUGUAUUUCAUUGUCAUUUAAAAUGUUUAAUUUCACGUAUGCAGUUUUACAUAGUUUAUUAUUUACUGUAAGUUUUACACACACACACACACACACACACACACACACACACACAUAUAUUAAUUAAAACGGUCUUAAGAUAUGCACUGGAAAUUUACAAGAAAAAAAGUUUCAAAUCCUUAAGCACUGUGCUGUACUAUUUUCUACAUGCAACAAAGACAGAGAAUAAAAUAACUGACAUAUUCAAAGUAAA